AUGGCCGUUCCGCUCUUCAUUUUUGCGGCCACCAUCUGUCGGUUUAUCCGGGAUCCGGCAUGGUGCGACCCCGAUGGCCAAUUAGCAAAGGUCCUCGAGUAUCGGCCAGGAACCCAGCAAUCCGAGAUCGACAAGCUGGAUACGACGUACCGCCCGGUUCUUGACCGAUUGCUCCUCGGUUCCGAGGCAUCCAAGGCAUCCCUGCUUGAGGAGUUCCAGACGGUCGUAGGCGAGAUUGUGCUCUUAGCAGAACCGCUCCCAAUACGCCCUUUAACUCGACUUCUUGGUGUUGAAGAGAACGUUGUGGUUCGCCGGCUGAAGCCACUCCACUCUGUUCUUCGCGUACCUGACUCCCCAGAAUCUCCUGUCAGAAUAUUCCACCUGUCCUUCCGCGACUUCCUUGUCGAUCCAAAAAAGGCCGAUAAACCAGAGAAGUACCCAUUCUGGGUUAACGAACGGAAAACCCACGAACGUCUGGCAGUCCGGUGUCUGGAGCUGCUAUCGGAAGAAGCUGGACUUAAGAAAGACAUCUGCGGUUUACGCCUACCAGGAACAUGCCGGUCUGAGAUCGACCGGAAGAUCAUCGAUACGAACCUACCGCUCGACGUCCAAUAUGCCUGUCGGUAUUGGGUCUACCACUGGAAGGAGAGUCAGCACCUGAUACGGGACGGCGACCUCGUCGACUGUUUUUUAACGCGCCAUCUCCUGCACUGGCUCGAAGCGCUCGGUCUUCUGGGAUGGGUUUCAGAGAGUAUCGGUAUAGUAAAUGACUUGCUGGGCUUACUCGAUCAAGAAGGAAGCGACAAGGUCUCAGCCUUUCUUCUGGAUACUAGGCGGGUCUAUCAUUCCGCCAUCGUAUUUGCGCCAACAAAGAGCGUCGUCCGAAGUACCUUCCAAGAUCAACUUCCCGGCUGGCUGACUCUACUACCAGAAGUUGAGUUAGAUUGGGAUAUGUGUAUCCAAACGCUCGAGGGGCAUAGCCACUCGGUCCAGUCCCUCUGGGACGCUACAACGGGCGCCUGUACAGCAACGCUCAAGGGGCAUACCGUCUCGGUCCAGUCCGUCGCGUUCUCCCACGACUCGAAGACGCUCGCGUCAGCAUCGGGCGAUACGACCAUCAAGCUCUGGGACGCUACGACGGGCACCUGUACGAUUGUCAUGCGCCUCGAGUUUGACAAAACGGGUUCUUCUCUUCUCACAGACAUCGGCACUUUCACACUAAACAACCUGUCUUUGUUGCCAACAGCUUCGACGGCUGCGCCAGCCCUUGAAGUAUCAAAGGUAAUGGCUAGUUCCCUUUUACAACAUAUCAAUCGUUUGGGAGUUGGCCUCAGUGAGGACAAUGCGUGGAUCACCUGGGACUCGUACAAGAUGCUAUGGCUGCCGUCGACAUACCGGCCAGGACGUUCGGAUACAACAGCGUCGACAGCGGCUAUCGGAUGUCCUUCAGGACGAGUGUUGUUUUUUGGGGUUCUCGGUCAGUCAUGA